AUAUAAUGUAUAAAGUUCGUUCCAUUGAUCCUAUUCUCGAGAAAUCCUCACACACACAAUCAAUAUAUAUCAUCGUCUUUUCAGUUCCUCAAUAUAUAUAUAUAUCUAUUAUUGUAUACCCAUCCAAUCUUGGUUCAUCGAUCAAUUGUUUAAUCUUGAUUCUUCAAUCGGACAUGGAGUACCGUAGUAUAGAUAUCACAAUUAUCUCCGCCGAAGGCCUCAACGAUGUGAAUCUCGUGUCCAAGAUGGACGUCUACGUGGUGGCGUCGAUCUCCGGCGUCCGGAAAAUGACCCCCGUCGACAAACGCGGUGGAACGUUCCCCAAGUGGAACCACCGCAUGCAGUUCUCCGUCGCCGAAUCCGCCGUGAACAAGCCCCACCUCUGCCUCCUCUUCCAAAUCCGGUCAGAUCGCGUCCUCGGCGACAAGGACAUCGGCUACGUUUCCGUUCCCCUGAGAGACCUCCUCGCCGGCGGCUACACCGAUACCGAACGUAUCGUCGAGUACCAAGUCCAGAAACCCUCCGGAAGGCCUAAAGGUACAUUGAAAUUUUCGUUCAAGUUCGAUGGGAAUAUUACUCAUCCGUCCACGGCCGCGCCGGCAAAAGUUCACGAGCCUGUGACGGCGUAUCCACCGUAUGUUGAUCCAAGUAAGGCCGGUGCGGCGGCGCCGGAGAAAGUUCACGAGUAUGUGACGGCAUAUCCACCGUAUGUUGAUCCAAGUAAGGCCGGUACGGCGAUGGCGUACCCACCGUAUGGCGGUGCAAGUACGGCCGGAGCGGCGGUGCCGGUGAAAGGUCAGGAGCCUGUGCAGGCGUUUCCACCAAAUAUGGGUUCGAACACCACCGGUGCGCCGCCUCCUGCUGGGGUGGCGAUGGCGUACAAUCCACCUCCGGCCUAUGCUUAUCCGCCGCAUACGGCGGGUUACGGAUAUCCGCCACCGCCACAGGCAUAUCCCGCCCCACCGAUGGCGGGGGGGUAUGGGUAUGCACAGCCACAAGUGCAGAAGCCUAAGAAGAAGAAGAAUAACUUUGGGAUGGGAUUGGGAGCUGGUUUGCUCGGAGGCUUGCUGGUCGGAGAUAUGCUGUCAGAUGCCGGCGAUAUGGGUUCCUAUGAUGGUGGCUUUGAUGAUGCUGGUUUUGAUGGUGGAUUUGAUUUCUAAAUAUUUUUUUAUUUUUUUGAUUUUUUUCCCCUCUGAGGUAGUGAUUCGAUGUGUGAAUAUUGGUAAUAUGAACUCAUGUGAUCAUGUGAUUUAGUUAAUUUUUCAAUGGACAGUGUUUUUCUUUCUUGGAAUUAUUCUCAUCCAAAAUUGCCAAUCAAUUCUAUUUUUGUGCCAUGUCAUGUGAUUCAUCAUC